UCAUCACCCCCACCCCCCAUACCCCCCUCAUCACCCCCAUCAACCCCCUCACCAUUCCCCCCCUCAUCCCCCCCAUUCCCCCCCUCA